AUGGAGGCCGCGGUGGCGGUGUUGGAGGCGGCCGCGGAGAAGAAUGCUGGAGCGGCGGCGGCUGCGAGGGAGGCUGCGGUGGCGGCCUCGGAUGCUGCGACUGGGGCUGCAGGGGUGGCCACGUCUGCCAAGGAGGCUGCGGCGGCGGCCUUGGCUACUGCAAACCAGGCGGCGGCGGCAUUGUCCACAGCGAAAGAGGUCGCGUUGGCGGCGGAGGCUGCUGCGACUAAGGCUGCAGGGGUGGCCACGGCUGCGAAGAAGGCUGCGGCGGCGGCCUUGGCUACUGCAGAUCAGGCGGCAGCGGUAUCGUCGACAGCGAAAUAUGUCGCGAUAGCGGCGGAGGCUGCCGCGAAGGAGAAGGAAGCAGCUGCAGCGGAGACCGCGAAGGUGUUGGCGGCUGCGAUGCGCUAUUCUAAGAAGCGUACAUUCCAUCAGAUCGACGACGGAGGGAGUGGUGGCGGCAACCGCGAUGACAGGGGAAACCUCGAUCUCAUCAGCGCCCUCCCUGACGAGGUCCUCGGCAGCAUCAUCUCCCUCCUCCCCACCGAGGAAGGCGCCCGCACGCAGGCCAUCUCUCGCCGGUGGCUUCCCCUCUGGCGCUCCGCGCCACUUAAUCUCGUGGUUAAAUUUGAAGUGUACAUCAAGAAAGGGAAGCUCAUUGCAUCAGCCUCUAACAUCAAGCUCAUCGCCUCAGUCUCGAAGAUCCUCUCUGAGCACCGUGGCCAUGCCCACCGCUUAUCGCUCUGGCUGCUCAACGCUGCCGACUUCCCCGCGCCUGGCGGGGGGUGCAAUAUCGAUGGCUGGCUUCGCUCUCAAGCCCUCGACGGCCUACAGGAGCUCAAUUUCGACUACACGAGUGAGCGUGACAUGCCGCUGUCUGUGUUUCGUUUUGCUCCCACGCUCCGUGUCGCCAAGUUCAGCUUUUGCCGUUUCCCCGAAUAUAUUUCAACACUGCGGCUGAAUUUCCCGUGCCUCAAGAAGCUUGAGCUGUUCGGUGUCAACAUUACCGAGGAUGGUCUCCACAGCAUGCUCUCUGGCUGCAUUGCCUUGGAAAGCCUUGACUUGAGGCAUGCUUUUGGCAUAGCUGGCCUCUGCAUCAGCUCCCAAACUCUUAGGAGCUUCUGCUUCUCCGCUUUCUGUAAAAGAAGUGUUACUUUGCAGCUAGUUAUCAAGGAUGCCCCGUCUCUUGAAAGAUUGCUACUGCUGCCACCUAAUCUAGACAAUGGUCCAGUGAUCAUCCGGAUCAUCCGGGCACCUAAACUGGAGAUAUUGUGUUUGUGAUCUCAAGGCAUCUCAAAACUUCAGUUUGGAACAACAAUUUUUCAGAAAAUGAUUGCUGUAAGCUUAACAACCAAAAUUCACACCAUGAAGGUUUUGGUUCUUGAUUCUAUUGGCCCUAAUCUGGAUGCAGUUGUUGACUUCCUCAAGUGUUUCCCCUGCUUGGUGAGCCUGUAUAUCAUUUCAGACCCAACAAAGGAUAUGAAUAAUGCGAGGGAGUAUGACCCGUUGGAUCCAAUUGAGUGCCUUGAGCUCCAUCUAAAGAAAGUCGUGUUGAUGAAUUAUGA